AUGCCGGAUCACUGUCGCCUGAUGGGAUACGGAGACGCUUGUGAACCCCCCCCCCCGAAGGUCCACAGGAAGCUCGAGGAGACUCACGGGGAGAUUAUCCAGGUUCGGGGUGAUGUGGUGGAAGCUUUGCGCUCGUUUUACGCAUCCGAGUCCUCAAUCACAGCGGAUGAGGCCGUCAAGAUCGCGGCCAAAUGGGGCGCGUCACACGCAUUCCCUUUGGCCGGUGACGACGUCGAUGCGUCGGAUCUGCAGGAAAAAAUGCGUCGCCUAAACGUCGCGCUGCUGGACGCCGUGGACCGCUUGCAGCUCGAUGAGAGCGGUGAGAUGGCGCCCGAGGCGCAGCUGCUGCUGUCUUUGACUCAGCGAGAGCGGCUUAAGAAGCAGGUGCAGCAGUCCAAGACCAUGUUGACACUUAUCGAGCAACUUACGGAGAUGGACCGGCUAUUGGGAGAUGUGGACGAAGCUAUUGACAACCAGCGUUUCGUUGCGGCAGCUGAAGGUGUCGCGGAAGUGGAAAGAUUGGUGAACGAGCUUGUGAAGGCUGAGGAAGGAGAAGGAGGCAGUGUGGAUGACAGGAAGAUCAUUCGCGUCGUGAAGCUGCAGCUGCUGAGCAAGAAGAACCGACUUUUGAAUCAACUCACGAGGUAUUUCUCGUGCACUGCGGUGUGGAAGGAUAACGCGUUGAAGGUGACGACUGGUUUCUCGGAGAAUGGAUGUGAGGGGGCGAAUAUAUCGGUGGAAGAACGACGCAAUGACUUCUGGAAGGCAUGUGAAGUGCUCGAUAUCCUGACACCAAAGAUGAAGGACAUUGCCAAGGCCAUCUCCCAGCACCUGAUCAAACCGAUGUUGCAGAUGCCACGUGGAACACUAAAGCAGAUGCGAAAUGACAGCGGUGUGACGCUUAAAAUUGUGGUGGAGAAUACGAAGGAUGUGCCACGUGAGAGUGAAAUAGCGGAGGUGCAGAGCAAAUGCGCCAACGUUGUGGGAGUGCUUCAGUUUGUACAUGCCGAGUUGUUUGCUGGCAAUGCUGAGCUUAUGAAUCAACUUGGAGACUUCAUGUGGAAGAUUCCGGGUAAUCUUGAAGCUCAGCUCAUGAACCUGCUACAGGAUAAAAUUCCUCAGGAUGCUGCGGCACUUGAGGCAUAUCGAGGAGUCCUGACAACUGCUAUUACGAGCUUAGAGAACACGCUGGUGGCGAUCGGCUUCUCGGCGUGCAGCAAUAGCCAACUGCGAGGCUUCGUCGACCAACUCAACCAGUACGUUGCAACUCGAUUUGGCUAUAUUCGGCAAGACUCGGUGAAGAUUAAUGGUGCCUCUGAGAAGUGCAGUCUCACUGGCUCCACUGAUUCGGGCAAGAAAGACAAAGGCACCGGCAAGGGAGACAGUGGGUCGAGUGUUUCAUUCGCCAAUGCGGACACGGAUGAGGUGGAAAGCAGUUGCUUCCAGGUCCCCAACUACCGCGUGACGGUUUGUGCGCAUGAGGUGGUCGAGUUAGCGCAUCAAACGCUAGUUGAGGCCUGCACUUCCGGGACUCCAAGUGCAAAUUUGCUGUUCCAGACAGCUCGUGAUCUCUUCGUCCUGUUCCGCACAAUUGUCCCCACGCUUUACGAGGAUGAUAUCACGAACGACCCGCGUACCUGUAUGCUCUAUCAUAACGAUUGCCUGUACAUCACGUAUCACAUGGUGACAAUUGGACAUCUCUACAAGCACCAGCUUCCAGCGCCGCUGGAUCAGACUGCAACUAUGAUCGAUAUGAUCCCGUCGUUCCGAGACGCUGGUGAGCGGGCAUUGACUACAUACACUGCGGCACAAAUUGAGGACGUUUUGUCCGGAAUGAAGACUCUACCGUCGCUUGGUGCUCUUGACUCAGAGUAUGAUGCGGAGCGUGUGGAGAGUUUCCUGAAAAGUGUGCUGUACAAGCUAAACGGAAUGAGCUCAUCGUGGCACGACGGACUUCCGCUAGCAGUUUACAACAAAGUCAUGGCAAGAAUGCUCGAGCCGCUUGUGAAGAAUUUUGUCGAUGGCGUGCUCACUAAAACGAAAAUUUCCGAAAACACCGGAGCUCAUCUCCACCACUUGCUGUCAUUGCUAGUUGAGUCUGAAACGAUGUUUGCUUCGCCUGCCCAAGCUGCUAAACAUGUUCCAAGCAUCGGGAGGCUAUCAAAACUCACAGCGAUCCUGUUCGCGAAAAGUUCAACAGCGGCAGUUUAG